AGCUGUAACUAGAAUCCAGCUGAAUUCUGAGCUGGGGCACUUUACCAUGAGGCUGCAAAUGAAACAGAUGUGCUUGCUGUGAAUUUCUGUAGUAUCUGGAGGUUUUGUACCAAAGGCAAUAAUACUUUCCUUCCUGUGAUUUUUUUUUUUCUUCUUUUGUUUUGCACAUAUUUCCCACAACCACAAAGGGAACGAAAUGGAGAAGUUGAAGAAAUACAUAUCAGUGAAAGAUGAAGAUCAGUUUUAUCAUCAGGGAGCUGUGGAGCUGCUAGUCUUUAACUUUCUGCUCAUUCUUACAAUAUUAACAAUUUGGUUGUUUAAAAACCAUCGAUUCCGCUUUCUGCAUGAAACCGGAGGAGCUAUGCUCUAUGGUCUUGUAAUGGGGUUAAUUAUACAAUACGCAACAAAAGCUUCAGAUGUUGAAGGUGGAACUGUUUAUGAAUGUGAAAAGCUGAAAUCUGGGCGAUCCACUCUACUUCUUAAUAUAACUAACCAGGUCUAUGAAUAUCAAUACAAAAGAGAGGUCAGCCACCACAAUGUCAAUGGUCACCAGGGCAAUGCAAUGCUUCAAAAGAUGACAUUUGAUCCUUCCAUCUUCUUCAAUAUUUUGCUGCCACCCAUUAUAUUUCAUGCUGGAUAUAGUUUAAAGAAGAGGCAUUUUUUUCGUAACUUAGGAUCAAUUUUAACCUACGCCUUUUUGGGAACUGCCAUCUCCUGCAUCAUCAUAGGGUUGAUAAUGUAUGGUUUUGUGAAGGCCAUGGUACACAUUGGCCAGUUGAAAGAAUGGGAAUUCCACUUCACUGACUGUUUAUUUUUCGGAUCUCUGAUGUCUGCCACAGAUCCAGUGACAGUUCUUGCUAUUUUCCAUGAGCUGCAUGUAGAUACAGAUUUGUACACACUCCUGUUUGGAGAGAGUGUCCUAAAUGAUGCCGUGGCUAUCGUGCUGACGUACUCCAUAUCCAUUUACAGUCCUAAGGAGAAUCCUAACACGUUUGAUGCUGCUGCUUUCUUCCAGUCAGUGGGAAAUUUCCUGGGAAUCUUUGCUGGAUCAUUUGCCAUGGGAUCUUCUUAUGCUAUUGUCACAGCUUUAUUGACAAAAUUUACAAAGCUGUGUGAAUUUCCUAUGUUGGAAACAGGUCUGUUUUUCCUCCUGUCCUGGAGUGCCUUCUUGUCAGCAGAAGCUGCUGGUCUUACAGGUAUUGUUGCAGUCCUUUUCUGUGGAGUCACACAGGCACAUUAUACCUACAACAAUCUGUCGCCAGAUUCCAAAAUGAGAACUAAACAGUUGUUCGAGUUCAUGAAUUUUUUGGCUGAGAAUGUCAUCUUCUGUUACAUGGGACUUGCACUAUUCACGUUUCAAAAUCAUAUCUUCAAUCCUUUUUUUAUCUUUGGUGCAUUUGUGGCAGUUUUUGUCGCAAGAGCUUGCAACAUAUACCCACUUACUUUCCUUUUGAAUUUGGGUCGAAAACAAAAGAUUGCUAGGAACUUUCAGCACAUGAUGAUGUUCUCAGGUUUACGUGGUGCAAUAGCAUUUGCAUUGGCUAUUCAAGACACAGAAUCCCAGCCCAAACAGAUGAUGUUUACAACAGCACUGCUUAUCGUGCUUUUCACAGUCUGGGUAUUUGGUGGGGGCACAACACCGAUGCUAACAUGGCUUCAGAUCAGAGUUGGCGUAGAUCCAGAUGAAGAUCUGAAAGCAGAAGCUGCAAGUCAGAGUGCAUCUAACCCGGAUAAAAAUACAACCAAAGCUGAGAGUGCAUGGCUGUUCAGAAUAUGGUAUAGCUUUGACCAUAAAUACCUAAAACCUAUCUUAACCCAUGCUGGUCCACCACUUACAACGACAUUACCUGAAUGGUGCAAUCCUGUUGCCAGGCUUCUGACCAGCCCCAGUGCAUAUGAGGAUCAACUGAAGGAUGAUGACACAGAUUAUAUCAUAAAUAAUGAUGAAUUGACUGAAAACUAUGAAUCGUCUGCUCACACGCCAGUGUGGGACAGAACAGGUUCUACCCAGGCUACAGGCAAGGAAGAUAUUCAUGAAGGAGACCUAGGAUUAGGAGGGUACAAACUCCAGCUUGAACACACUGCACAUCAACCCCAGAUGAAUUCAUUAGCAUAAAUAGUGUAAUGUUAAUCACAAGAAAUAAAACUAAAACAAAAAAAUAAGGGAUGCUGUUAUGUGAACAUGAAGCUAGAAAAUGUACUAAGCACAAAACUCAAAGAGAAAUUAAAUUAUACCAACUAAAUACCUGCUCCCCCCAGGUAAGGGUUUAUCAUCAUCCCUGUACCUACAACAAGACGCAAGCUUUUCAACUGCAGCAGGUUUUGAUAAGAAGAUGUAGGCAUUACCAGCCCACUAAAUUCUUUACAGUCUUGUCUUAGUGCUUGACUGUAUCAUGCCCCUCACACAGACCUCUGAAUGUUACUUGUAGACUUUAGUCAGCUGGAACAAAGAUCUUCCUAACAUCUUCAUGCUGCCAUGAUGACAGCACUUUUACAGCUGUUCCUGAGCAGAUCCACAGAGAGCUACUAAUACAGUAGCUAUUACAGUUAUAAGGAAGAAGCAGAAGAUUCUUUGUCCAAUGAGUAUGUGAACUAAAAAUAUUUAAAACAUGCAUUGCAGGCACCUCAGUCUUGACAGGUUAAGCUCAUUCAAGCUUAAAGCAUAGACUUUUCCUGACAGACCAACAUUUGCUUUCUAAAAGCACCUUACAGCCUAAUUUAUCUAGGGUUGCACCAGACUGCCACAAAGUGAAUAUUGAUAGUAGAAGACAUUCAUGUCUACAUAAUCAGCAACAGACACCCUUUUAUUGCUGCACAGAAUGGGCAUGACCACUAUUUAUACAGCAGUUAUUCCAAAAGGCAUUUGGCAUGACCGCCUCACAGCACACAAAGCUUACAUGCUGGGAAAAGUUUUAUUGUUUUUUUAAGAUCACUUCAAAUGUAUACUUCAAUUUAAGCAGUCAACUGCUUCAGGUUUUAUUGCUUGAGGAGAGUUGUUUCUCAUCAAAUAUUUCUGCAAAACAGCUAUAUCCGAGACUGCUUCGUGGAUGCUUGUCUAUCUCUCUAUCUAUGCAGGGCACUCAGUAUCACACUAGUGAUGGGUACAGUGAGCAUUAGAUAUAGAAAAACAAGGAUAUCUUAGGUAUAAAUGUAUUAAUUGUAACAACUGUUCAACCAUUACAUACAGCCAGCUGCCAUAUGCUAUUAUUAAGCAUUAACACAGAUCAGCUUUUGCACAGAUCAGAUAAGCAGUGCAAAUACAGGGACAAAGCCACGCUUCUGUUACUAGAGCAUGUGCCUUUUUUCACUGCAGAAGUUUCAACUAGUUGUGCAUGAUAAUGGUCCUACUAAGAAAGUUAAAACAUGACGAAUUUUAAAACAAGGUCAUUUUUAAUAUAUAAAGACAAUAAGCAAGAAAUUUGAAAUCUGUAAGAAUAAAAAUUAAGCCAUCUCCAUGAAUGAUCAUAAGGCUGAAUAGGUUUUGAUUUCGCCACAGAUGGAAACUGAAAUACAAACUUAAAUAUAAUCACAUUUUAGUCAUUUUUUUUUCUAGGCUAAUUAAUUUCUGGUUAAAUAUGACUCUAUAACAGCUGUUUUAAGCAUAAAUUUGAAUGCUGGAGUUCUAUAUGCUGUUACAAAAGAUCAGAAGCUUAAACUGGCAUUUAAUUGUCCCUAAACACUAAUCAAGUAACUUCAAACGACCUUAAUCCCCAUGUAGCUUAAAACAAGUAAUAUUCAGGCAUGAUCACAAGUUCUGAAAAGAACUAAUGAAUUUCCAGCUCCCUAAUUUGCCUUGUUUAGCUACAUGAGGUUGGAAAAAUACGCACAGCAGGUUGCAAGAAGGGAUGAGGAGGUAAGGUUUUACUGUAUAGCACUGUGCACCUCAAAGCAUGCAGUAAGAGUCAGCAAAGGUAACAGGAAGCAGGAGAAGCAGGUAGAGACACACUGCAGUGAGGUGAGUAUGUAGAAAAACAGUAAGAAAGUAUUAUGGAUGGGUGCUAACAGUACAGAUUUCAGUAGCCAUAGUUUCCCAUUUCAAUCUUCAGAAGUAUUGAGUGCAUGUCACUGGGCUUCCUAAGCUCCUUAGGAAGCAGAAAUCCUAGUACUUAUAGUGCAAAUCGAUAAACUGCUGCAGUAUUAUGAAGAUGCUAAGAUGUUUUUCACAGCUGCUACAUGAACUGGAAAUGACGAGCUCUUCACCAACAGUUCUGCUUUUUGAUUCCACUCUGAAAUGCAUCCUGUAGCAUACUCUGUGGGUUUUUUGCUGAUUUAUUUAUCGUGCCUACGUCCAAGAUGCUCACACUUAGGCAAUGUGAUAAAUGGAGAGCUCUGGAGUCUGAAAUUGUCUGUUUAUCAAAAGAAAAAAGUCUGUAGUGAAUACUCUCCACACUGUUGUACCUGGUUGCCUAAAAGGGCUACUUCACUGAGUAAAGAAAGUCAUCCCUUGCAACAGAAGAGUGCAUCCUUAACAUCUUCACAGGUCAGAUUUUUAUGCUAAGACUAUCAAAGCACUGAAUCAAUAGUCCCAGCAGGAUGGUUAUUUAGCCUCUUGGACCAUGCUCACCAAAGAGAGUAUCAUUACCUCUUAGUAAAUUUGGUAACUUGAGUUGCAAGCAAACUUGAAACUUGUACUAAAUGGCAAUACGUCUCAAUUAUCCAUUUCAGUAUUCAGACCUGCCAUUUCUUAAUUUUAGGAUAUUCUCUUCAUGACAUGCAGAUCAAGAGCUAAGACAGCAUUAGAACAGAUGAUAUAUUUGUAUUCAAGAAGAAAUUACAUGUAACUAAUAAUUCUGCAUGACUGUUUAAACAGAGUAAUGGAUGUUAAGAGAGGCCUUUAAUGUUAAUUUACAGUUCAUACACUGGAGAUUUAAACUACUCAAUAUCACACAGUGUUUGACUGAAUGUGCAAGUCACUCAUGAUAAAUGUGAAGCCAUUCUUCCUAUCUGAGUUAAUCUAAUAAAACACUGCACGGAAA